AUGAUUACGGCAGUGUCAGCGAAUUCGGUGCCAAGUUUCUAUCGUCAGUCGUAUUACCACGCCAAUACGACGAAUAGUGGCAGCAGCCAUCAGCGUUACAAUGAGCGCAGCCAUCAUCAGCAUGAUUUGGAUGCGCACUCGACGGCCUCUUCGGAUAGCGAGAAUCAAUCGCCGUGUUUAAUGGACGGAGCAUUCGAGGGGGAUUUGGAUAGUAGUGGCCAGUCGGAUUUAUCCUUCACUGGCAAUUCACCGAGAGCGCCUUCUUCUGCGGCAAAUAACAGCCGCGUAUCAUCGCAGAUCCACGACGGUGGUCAUGGAGAUGAUGGUUAUAAUCGCAGACAUAAUGCCGCAGCCAAUUCAGCGACUAUGUAUCGAACCAGCACACCCCUGAAACAGACCAAACUUACUGGUGAGUUCUUACUCUUACUGCAGUUGGAUUACUCUCGUUAA